AUGAAAGAAUACACACUCCUCCUCUUCUUGGCUUUGUGCUCUGCCAAAUCUCUCACUGGUCCUUCAUAUUUUACACUAAAGAAUAUGAUGCUGCAAGAUAUGGAAGACGACGACGAUGAUGAAGAUGAUGACAACUCUCUAUUUCCAACCACUGAACCCAUUCUACCACUAAUUCCUUUUGAUCUGUUCCCAACAUGCCCCUUUGGAUGCCAGUGCUAUGUGAGAGUUGUCCAUUGCUCUGACCUAGGUUUGACAUCAAUUCCUCGCAACAUCCCACCAGAUACUCGUAUGAUUGACCUUCAAAACAACAAAAUCAAAGAGGUCAAGGAAAACGAUCUCCGAGGACUCACAUCACUUUAUGCACUGGCUUUGAACAACAAUAAAAUAUACAAGAUCCAUCCCAAAGCCUUUGAACCAACAAAGAGGCUACGCCGACUGUAUUUGUCCCACAACCAACUGACAGAGAUUCCAACAAAUCUACCCAGAACUCUGGCAGAACUCAGAAUUCAUGCUAAUAAGGUUAAGAAAAUCCCCAAGGAUGUAUUUAAAGGAAUGAAGUCUCUACAUGUUUUAGAAAUGAGUGCAAAUCCUCUUAACAAUGAUGGAAUAGAGCCAGGGGCUUUUGAAGGGGUAAAUAUCUACCACAUACGAAUUGCAGAGGCAAAGUUAACUUCAAUUCCUAAAGAUUUGCCCCCCAGUCUUCUGGAGCUUCAUUUAGAUGACAAUAAGAUCACAGGAAUUGAACUUGAGGAUUUUAACCGUUACAAAGACCUUCAAAGGCUAGGCCUUGGCAACAAUAAAAUCAAAGAAGUGGAAAACGGAAGUUUCGCCAACAUCCCAAGUAUACGUGAAAUCCACCUGGAAAAAAACAAGCUGAAGAAAGUUCCUCCUGGAUUACCUGAACUGAAAUAUCUGCAGGUGGUAUUCCUUCAUUCCAACCAUAUUGCCAAACUGGGAGUGAAUGAUUUCUGUCCAACAGGACGAAGGAAGAAGAAAGCCCUGUACAGUGGCAUCAGCCUCUUCAACAACCCUGUCAAGUACUGGGAGGUUCAGCCUUCAACUUUCCGCUGCAUUUUAGCCAGGAACAGUGUUCAGCUUGGGAAUUUCCUCAAGUGA